AAAAUUGUCCUCUUACCGCUGUUGAAAUCAAUUUAAAUUCUCUUUUUUAUAUCCCCUAUUUUCACUUUCUAUUAUAAUGUAUGCGUGAGAGAGUGUAUAUUUAAGAGAGAAAUAUUUUUCCAAGUGGGGAUAGAUCUGAGAGACACGCGAAAGAUUUCCAAAUAUUCUUCGUCAAUCUGUUAAUAGAUUUUUUACUUCUUUCACCCCUCUUACGGCAAAAUGGAUUUUGUGAAUGCUUAAUAGAUUUCGUGAUUUUUGAAAAAAUCUCGAAUAAUAUCUUUUUAUUGUUACGUAUUAGAUUUCCAUGUACUCAAAUUGGCUGUAGUAUGACUUUUAAAACACAAGAUUGCCAUCAAAUAACCUAUAACUACAGGUACAGAUCGGGUUCGAUUAGUCCUGGUUAGAUCAUUGCCAGCCUUUUACCAUUGUCUGUUGUUGGUAGACCGUAAUUUUUUUAAGUCCUUACCGAAUCCUCACAUUUCAUAACCCACCCAGACCCUAGUUUUGAAAGGACGGGGACCGGGCCACGUACCUCCGAAUCGCAUAUACCACCGACCAUGACUGCCGUUCGUAAGGGUACUCUCGUCAGUUUUACCGGGAUAAAGCAUUACACCAAAAUUUACUCCCGCUUUUCAAAAAGCGGCCGUCUUUUCUUUCCCAUAAAAAUUGCUCGCCUUUCGUCGUUUUCGAAUCACCAGUGCUGCACAUUAAGGGCGGUCUAAUCCAAGAAAAAUAGCUUCUUUUUUCCAGUCACCUAUGGCGUCUAAAACCUCCAUCUCUGAAAUUUUAGCCGGAUUUUUCCACCUUUUCUUCUAUUUUUCAACUGUUUCUGCGCUUUCCGGCGCCAUAAUCGCCGGAAAUUCGACAUUAAAGAGCAGGAACGGGACCUUCGAGCUCGGCUUCUUCAGCCCCAAUGGUGGUUCGCUCUGGUACUUGGGUAUCUGGUACGGCGCGAUCCCUAUCAAAACCUACGUUUGGGUAGCGAACAGAGAAAACCCCAUUAAAGACCCAAGCUCUGCAACUGUAAAACUGAUGGCCGGGAAGCUUACAAUCUUUGAUUCGGGUAAUAACUCGAUUUGGGCCACAACAAAUCAUGACAAAGCUUCGAGGACGGGGCUCUUUGAUACAGGAAACCUGGUUCUGUUUAAUAGAAAGAGGGAACUGGUUUGGCAAAGCUUCGAUUACCCUACUGAUUCAUGGCUUCCUGAAAUGAAUUUUACGGUGAAUCAUAGCUUAGUAAGCUGGGAAAGCCCCACCAAUCCGGCUGCUGGAAAAUAUAUUUUCCGGCUAAAGCCGCUAGAAUACGGCCAGUUUGUUCUCUUGUAUGAAGAUAGAGAGGUUUACUGGACCUCCGGAAAAUGGAAUCGUAAUUCAUUUUCCGGCAUACCAGAAAUGACAGUGAAGUAUAUCUACGAUUUCAGGUUUAUGAAUGCAUACACACCUAAUGCUUACUUUGUGUAUACAGAGCCAGAUCCAAAUCUCCGGCCAUUUAGCCGAUUUUACAUUGAUUUUUCAGGCGUGAUGAAGCAGCAAACAUGGUCUUCUCAAAUCAAUAACUGGUAUAUGUUUUGGUCUAGACCAGAGAACCACUGUGAUGUUUAUGGAAUUUGUGGGAAAAAUGGGUUUUGCAUCGACCCAAGUGGCCGGAAAACCUGCAGCUGUAUGGCGGGAUUCUCGCCGGAAAAAAUUUCCGGCUGGGAUUCCGGUGAUUACAGUGACGGUUGCAUACGCGACCACUCUUUUGAAUGUAGUGAAAACGAUAAGUUUGUUGACAUGGGGUUAAUGGCUUUCAGCUCAAAGGCCACUGUGUCAUUCUCUGGCGACCCGAAAACUUGCCGGGAAAGUUGUUUGAGAAAUUGUUCUUGCUUGGGUUUCACGUACAGUGAAGACAUUGCUUUUUGUGAAAAUUUAUACGGAGGGUUUUUCAAUGUGAAGAACCUGACCUCGGGGUCGCCGGGAAAGGUACUUUCCGUCAAGGUUUCGCAGGAUUUCUAUAUAACUUCCGGUGAAAACUGCCGAAAAACCAGUCGUACUUUGAUAGCAGGUCUCUGUGCUCUAUCUUUAGUUAUGGCCGGAGCUUUGAUUUUACAAGCCAUUAUUUGGAAGAGGAGGCGCUCAAAAAGGAGAAGAAUGGCUGAUAUCUCAGCCUCAGGUCUUAGGGUUUUCUCUUACAAAGAACUCGAUACUGCAACUCGAGGGUUCUCAGAGAAGCUUGGCCAUGGCGGUUUUGGUGUGGUUUUCAGGGGUGUUUUGCCCGAUUCUUCCCAAGUCGCAGUAAAACGCUUAGAGAAACCAGGAGUUUCAGGCGAGAAAGAAUUCAUCAAUGAAAUCCUCACCAUCGGAACCCUGCAACACGUUAAUCUAGUUCGACUUCGAGGUUUUUGCUCUGAAAACUUGAAUCGCCUUCUGGUCUAUGAUUUCAUGGUGAAUGGUCCAUUAAGCUCUUAUUUCAAUCAAGAGUCAACCAAAACCCUAGACUGGGAAACCAGAUUCAAAAUAGCUUUAGGUUCAGCGAGAGGAAUUGCCUAUCUCCAUGAAGAGUGCAGAGACACCGUAAUUCACUGUGAUAUCAAACCAGAGAACAUCCUUUUGGACCAUGAUUUCACCGCAAAGGUCUCAGAUUUUGGCAUGGCGAAGCUUUUAGGUCGAGAAUUCAGCAGAGUGGCCACCACAACAAGAGGAACCAGAGGCUAUUUAGCACCGGAGUGGAUAGCUGGUCUUCCCAUUACUUCAAAAGCCGACGUUUACAGCUACGGCAUGACGCUUUUGGAGAUAGUUUCAGGUCGUCGGAAUUUGCAGAGUGAUUUUCCAGUGAGUUUGCCAGCAAAGGAGUGGUGUUUUCCGGCAUGGGCGUCGGAGAGGGUGGCUGAGGGGGAGGAGGGAGCGGUGGUGGAUGGAAGGCUGGGGUCGGUGUUUGAUAGGGCGGAGGCAGAGCGGUUGUGUAGGGUGGCGGUGUGGUGUAUACAAGAUGAGGAGAAAGAGAGGCCGGCGAUGGGGGACGUGGUGAAGAUGGUGCAGGGGACAGUGGAGGUGAGGGUGCCGCCUCAGCCGCGGUCGCUUAAGGCGCUGGUGGCGGAGGAGGAGGUGGUGAGGGGGAGUCCAGGGUCAGAAUCCUCAUGCUCUGUGUAGAGAGAGAGAGAGAGAAAAUGGUGCUGGGAUAGUGGUGGCGAGAGAAGGGAGACCAAUCCUAGAGAGAGAAAGAGAGAUUUUAGAGAGAGAGAUCCGUGUAAUUGGUGGAGAGAUAGAACCAGGGAGGGAGAGACCCAUCCUAGAGAGAGAAAGAGGAAGGGGGAGAGAUUCUAGAGAGAGAAAGCUAAAUGUGAUUGCUGGAAAGAGAGAAAUCCAAGCCACCCAUCUUAAUAUUGUGACUGAAAACAUGGAUGGAGAGAGAGAGAUGAUGUUUUUUUAGAGAGAGAGAGAUGAUGUUGUUUAGAGAGAGAGAGAGAGAGAGCGUUGAGAAAAAAAAGAAUAUGGUUUUUGGGUGGAUUGUCCAUGGCGUAAAGGAGGAAAGACCUGCGCUUUAUUUUGCCGCCAUCUCCCAUUCUAAGAAUGGGUGGAAGGCUUUCAGCAAGUUUGAUUUAUUUGUAAUAUGUUGUAAGAAGGGAUUUCCUUUUGUUGUUUUUCAUUCGUGUAAGAUUCGAUAGGAGGGAUUUUGUUAGUAGUUCCAAAUUU